AUGCAGAAGCCAGUUUUGCAACUUGUGCUACCUGAUGAAGCUGCACAGAAGGUCAUUGCUAAGCAACAGACCAAAAGCUCUCAGUCAGCUGCACCACAGAAAGCUUUGCCUGCACGACCUGUUGACAUGGACCCCACCAAGCUCCUUUUGGACUCAGGUGCCUUCCGAACUGGAAAUGAUGAACCGUUGACUCAGAUCCCAUUCACCAUGUUGGGACCAUUGGCAAAGGGAGUGGCCUUGACUUCCUACACCGAUGCCUUGCCGAUCCUGCGGUCUGGUCAGACCUUGACAAGCCAUGGGUUAGCCAUGAUUGUGCUUAACCCUCCUGAUGAGUUGUGCACUUGCCUCCAGUGGUCCACCUUGCGAUUUGCUGUCAGGUGUGCCGUCAACCAGGAACCCAUGCUUUUGACAGGUGUGCUGGUCCAACUUGGACAACAAGUAGUGUACCAAUUCCGUGCCAAAGAUGCCUUGUCUGUCCCUACGGUCGAUGUUGCCUGUGCCAGAAUCACCGUGUACCAAGACCAACUUGACCUCAGCUGGGAAGAGUUCACCACCAAGCCAGUGAAACAUAUCCUGUCAGUUUUGUCUUGUCUCCGUACGUGCCGCCAAGAAGAUUGCUCUUGCCCGUCCUGGCAUCCAAAACCCGACACACCGCCAGAUGCCCUGCUGGAUGUCUUCCGACGACAGUACGUCAAUGAUGCUGGCCGGCCUGUCAAGUGGGAUAAAGCAUCUCACUAUGCUGUGAUGUUGAGGUACAUCAAGGGCUUGGAAGCUCAGGUGUUGGCUGCCAGUGGCUUAAGAGGCCUGUAUGUUGAGCCCAAAACGGAAGACGCUCUGAAACCCCACUCAGACUUUCAGGUGGUGUGGCUUCCCCAGAUGGACUUCCAACAAGUGGCACACCUUGCACGAUGUGAGAUGCAUUGUCUGGGUCUUGCCAGGACUGGCCGGCGAUAUGGAAUCAGGGUCCAUGUGUCCCACUUUCCGGCUGUUUUUGCAAGUGUCAAACCAGAUGCUGUUUACUUGGCACCAGGCAGCCGCUUGACUUACCAUUGCGGUCCUUGGCCAUAUGGAAGUGACAGGAAGAACCUUGCAAAGAUCCUGAAGGCCAGUGGUUGGGAGUGCAGGCCGUUGCAACCUUUGCAUGGUGUGCCCGGUGGUCUCAUGUGGGCCAUCCAAGCCGUCGAUGCCCCUCCGUCCAAUGUCUUGUCGCUGUCGCACGGAAUGGACGUUGGGAGUGUGUAA